AUGGAACAAGAUGGAGACUCUCCACCUAUAUGGUCCCAACCAACCACCACACUCCUCCGUCAGGGCCGCCGUCAGCCACCCUCUCCUCCGAUCAUCAACCCCGUCGUUCUCAUCCUACUCCUACCCAUUCUCGCUCUCCUCAUCUUGUUCUUUUUGGUUCCACCUUUCCUUACACAUACAACUCAAAUUCUUCGACCUAAUUCUGUUAAAAAGGGAUGGGACUCGUUUAAUAUCUUGCUUGUAGUGUUUGCUAUUCUUUGCGGCGUUUUUGCACGCAAGAAUAAUGAUGAUACUACUUCACCUGUUGAAAGAAAUACUAGAAUUGUCAAUGAUGGAUUGUCAGCUGAUGAUGAUACGCGGCAGCCUGUUUCUACUGAUCGAUGGUUUGAGCCUAGAGAUGAGAAAUCAUAUAAUUUUGCUCCUGUACCUGAAACUGGUGUUAGCCGGUUAAGAAGAAGCAGUAGCUCGUAUCCUGAUCUGAGACAAGUCCCGCAGUGGGAAACCAGUGAGAAUCAGUCCCGGUUUUAUGAUGAUUUUGGUGUGAAUUUGUACCGUACAGCAGCAGAGUAUGAUAGUCACCCUACACCGCGGUUUGAGAGGCAAAGGGAAGAACCUGAUGUUAAGGUUAUUCCUGUGGAUACAUUUGAAAUUCGUUCUUCUGCUGCGCCGGAUAAACCUCCAAUUACAUCAUCAAAGCGACGUCAGGCGAAUUUGAAACGGAGAAGAUCGUUUCACAGUGUUCCGCGUAAAUUAGACAAGGCUGAAAUGCAGCGUAACGAAACUGAAGUUGGAGUUGAGGUCAAAAAGAAACAAGAGGCUCCACCACCGCCACCUCCACCGCCUCCGUUGCUGCCAACGGAGCGAUCACAUCCAGUAGUGGAAAAACUUCAGCGAAAAAAGAGUGGUACUAAAGAAUUAGCAACAGCUAUUGCCUCAUUGUACAAUCAGAGCAAGAGAAAAACCAGAACGAAAAAGCGAGAGAGUGUGUCCAAUUCUCCACCACCAUCUGUAGAACAAGUCUUGCCACCACCAACACCGCCACCUCCUCCACCACCGCUACCGCCAUCUAAGGUUUUCCAAAACCUGUUUAAGAAAAACAGGAAAAGUAAACGCGUACAUUCUGAUCCUUACAAUGUACCAUCACCUCAUACUAUUCCCCCUCCUCCACCUCCACCGCCGCCUCCAAAUUCAAUUUUCAAUAAUUUGUUCAAAAGCAAACGGUUCCAGCAUGGACACGUGUCAUCAUCAACUCCUCCACCUCCUCCUCCACCACCACCACCUCCACCUUCUUCAAUUCUCAAUAAUUUAUUCAAACAUGGAACCAAAAGCAGGCGAUUCAAAUCACACGUGUCAUCACCACCUCCUCCACCUCCACCUCCGACACAAGCAGUAAACGUGUCAUCAUCAAGGCGGAGAAAAAGUUGCACACAUUCUCAACCACGUGGACGUUAUUCAUACAGUGCUAGCAAACCUCCAUUGCCAACGAAACAAGUCGGCAUUUACUACGACGAUAAUAAUUUAAACAGCGGAUUGCAAUCGCCGUUAAUACCAAUGCCACCUCCGCCUCCUCCACCGCCGUUUAAAAUGACGGAAAUUGAAGACAUUGAUGAUGACGUGUCCUCCGUCAGAUCGGAGGCAAUGGACGGUGAAGAUUUAACUGGGCCGUCGGUUGCUUGUCCAAGCCCAGAUGUGAAUGUGAAAGCGGCAACGUUCAUUGCUAGGCUAAGAGAUGAAUGGAGAUUAGAGAAAAUGAAUUCAUUCCGUGAAAAAAGUAUAUUGGGCUGA